GAGAAGACCCACCUGACGCCGCGUGGUGAUAAUAACAUACCCGCCCUCGUCAAGUCGUCGUCAGCGAGUCACACUGAGCCAUGUUCACGACGAGGUGGGCGGCGGCCGCGGCGUGUUGGGUCCUUCUGACGGCACGAUGCCUUGGCGAGGCAGCGGGGGACGUGACAUGGACAGCGCGGAUCCUGCAGUUGGAACAGGCGGCGCCCUUCGUGUACGAGGAGGGACGGCGCUGUGACGCUGAGACGGGAUGCCUCUCUGCCACCCUGGUGACCGAGGCACGCGGAGUGGACGCACUCGGGGACUUCUUGAUGGAGCAGACCGUCUAUUACACUCCCAGCGGCGCCCCUGUCACGCUCUCCACCAGGUAUUAUGGCAACGGCAUCCAGGUGUUCCGUCAAGAGUUCCCGGAUGGACUGAGAGGCACAAGCACGGGGGACAAGGACGCGGUGGGCACCUGCUUCCCUCGCCUUCGUCUGCCUGACACACCUGGCCUGCGCUACGUCACACCCGGCGGCUACAUGGCUGGCUGGACGCUGCUCUCCCAAGGCAGCAUUGCUUCAGAUCUCAACUGGUUUCGAGACGGCGAGGACGGCGGCAUAGUGGUCCUCUUCAGCGGCGAGAUCGGGGAGGUAUCCAGCGUGGUGGUGUCCCCUUUGACCCAGCCCAUGUCCACUAAUGUUAAGCUGGACAGGGGGAAUCGAACGCUGGACUGGGGGGUGCAGGGACAAGCCGAGGACAUCCAUGCUGGUUACGCCUCGGAGGUCAUCCUGGUGGCUGGGAAUGAAGGAAUCAACAAGAAUAUUAUGGCAUGGGGCGGCGCCUUGAGGACCUACCACGACACACACAAGCUGCAGGACCCGUCGGCGGAUUACCUGAGUUAUUACACGGACAACGGCGCGGCGCAUUACUACAACCCGCUGCCUUAUGAUAACCUCCACGACGCCCUUCUGAGUGUGUACAACUUCUCCGUGCAGCACAACCUCCCCAUCAGACGCGUGCAGCUAGACUCGUGGUGGUACUACAAGGGGGCGGGGGGCGGCGUGAAGAACUGGACUGAGAUCCCUGAGUUUCUUCCCGAGGGCAUCGCGGGGCUGCACCAAGCGACCGGUUGGCCCAUCGUAGCUCACAACAGGUACUUCAGCGGUGACACGGAUUACGCCCAGCAGAAUGGAGGCCCAUACCUCUUCACGGUGGACGGGGACACGCUCAAGUCGCUGCCGCUGGACCGAGUGUUCUGGGACGACCUGUUGGACGCCGCCCUCGCCUGGGGUCUGGACACCUACGAGCAGGACUGGCUGGACCGGCAGUACUUGUUCACUGGCGCCCUCCACACCAACCUGACGCUGGGCUCCUCGUGGCUGAGUGACAUGGGCGAGGCGGCGCGGCGGCGGGGCCUUAACAUUCAGUAUUGCAUGGCCCUCGUCCGCCAGCUCCUGCACUCCCUCGACCUGCCCGCCGUCACGCAGAUCAGAGUGAGCGACGACUACAUACUGCACCCGGACCAGUGGCGCAUCGGGGUGACGUCCCUGCUGGCCCACGCCCUCGCGCUGCGGCCCUACAAGGAUGUGUUCUGGUCCUCGCAGGAAAACAUCAACGUGGUGUUCGCGGACUGUGAGGUGGUGACGCCAGAUGUGGACCAACCCUGGCGACUGUGGCACCUGUACAGCGGCCGCGCCAAUGUGUCAGCCUCCGGGAAGCCGUGCGUGGCGUGGCAGGACAUCGGGUGGGACGACCGGUACUACGGCGUCGGCUUGGACCUGAACUUGUGCCGCAACCCCGAGAACCUGAGAGACGGGGCCUUCUGCUUCACCCGCGCCUCCCUGGACAUGCCGGAGGAGUCCUGGGAGUGGGAGUACUGUGAAGUGCCGCGAUGCGAGGUGGACUGCUACACCCUGAGCGGCGCGCUGUACCUGGGCAGCCAGAACGUGACGCAGAGCGGGCGGGCGUGCGUGGACUGGGGCGGUGAGCACGGCAUUGACGGGGCGGUGUGUCGCAACCCUGACAACGACGUGGCUCCGUGGUGCUACGUGACGGAGGGACACACGGAGCGGGACUACUGCGAUAACAAGUGUCCGGAGGCGAAGGAGUUGAACCCGUCACUCCAAGCAGCUGUUUCUACGCUGUCCGCUGGUCCUUUUGCGGUUGGCGAUAAAGCAGAGGCGCUGAAUGUCGACUUGAUCAUGAAGUCUUGUAAUGCUGACGGGCGGCUGCUCCACCCGUCCAAGCCUCUCACGGUUGUUGAUGGGUAUUUCUUCUCCCCUGAUUACCGUGAAGUGUGGAGCGCCUUUAGUCAAGUACAGUCUUAUUUGUUCGGGAUCAUUUUCCUAGCGGAGGUGGACAAAGCGCUGACAAUGACGCCUUCUGAGCUGAAUCUCGUCGAAGCUUUCACAACAACUACCCUGGUCUUCAGUAACUACCCACAGGACCUCGCCUACAGGAGGGUCGUGUCCCCUGAGGAAGCGUUGGACCUGCCCUCUUGCGGCGGCUACCUAAACUUCUGUCUCCUGUACACGGCGCCGCUCAUACAGACAGACACUGGGGAUCUGUAUAUCCUUGGGGAGUUGGAGAAGUGGGUACCCGUGUCUUCUGAUAGGAUUACGGACAUUGUAACCACCACCACCACUACCAUCACCACCACCACCACAUCCUUCUCCUCCUCCUCCUCCUCCUCCUCCUCCUCCUUCUCCUUCUCCUCUGUGACCUUGUCGGUGCGAGGCGUCCAAGGAGAGAAAGUGACCUUAUCCUUCAGCGGUGCCAGUGACUUCAGUGUGACCUGCAGCUUCCAGGAGGGCGGCGUGAUGACCCUGGACGUCGCCGCCAGGACCUGCAUCCCCUCCACACCCUCCUGAGUCCCGCUUCCUUCUGUACCGUCAAUACUUCAAGACCUUUCUGCCGGAGUUGCUGUAGUGGCACUAAAUGAAUAUAUAGAUAGAUAAAUAAGCAAGUCAGAAUAAAUAAAUAAAAAAAUGCGAAAGUGAAAAA